CUUGACAGAUGGCAGGCGGGAGACGCUCCUCACGGCUGUCUCUCUCGGUCCGUUGGUCCAUCCCGGUUCCCAUUGUCUCCCCCUUUUCACUUCUUCAAGACAAACCCUGAGACGAGAAACUGGACCCAGACGUCAUUUGGCUCGGAGCCGCUACUGCGCGUCACCUUUACAGACGCGUAAUUCUGCGCGAAAUUUGGACAUCCGUGCGUUUAUUUUGUUAUUGCUUGUAUUGAUUAUUUGGGAAGUGUCUUUAUUAAAAAAAAAGAAGACUGGGGAGCAACUGAUCGUCGAGUCGGGCUGCUGACAAAGAAAAAUAAAAUAAAAACAAUAAAAAACAUUGGAGAAGAAGGAAAGAUGAUCAUAAGGAGGGGGACUCAUUAGACAGAAGAGCCACAGAAAUCAUCUUCCAGGAGGCUGACAUUAAUCAGAGUACCUUAUAAACGCCUUCAGCUGACACUGCCUAUGUGGAUAAGCCAUUUAGUGGGAAAAAAAAAACUCGCGUGGAAAGAAGACAUCUGUGUUUGGGUGAGGAUGUUGCCGCUGCGUGUCUCUGACUUCCCCUGAGAAAAGAAUUGGAGAGGAGCCCCUCUGUUUGUGUGGAGAUAAAAAAAAAUAGAUGCAGGGGCCACUUUCACUUGUUUCCUUCACCUGGAAACAAAUUACGUCCACCAAAGCAGGCAAUCUGGGCUUUAAUCGGAUUAUUGAGGAAGAGACCUGAGAGAUCGGAGGGAAAUUAUCUGGCCAAUUCCACCAUCUGCCUGCUGCUGUCCAGGAUUGUGCCCCUUCAGCAGGGCUAAAGAUGCGACUCAACGACAUGAGCCCUGAAAGGAUUACUAGUCCAACAAGCACCAGAGAGUACAGGGACUGAUCUCUGCACUCUGAGGCCACAGAGCAGCAUCUCCACCUGGGGCGGCCAGACAGCCAGACGGCCCCUUACACACUGCAGGUGGGGUUGGAGGUAAAGGAAAAGACUUUGGGGAUUAUCUACUUUCUGGAACUCUGCAUAGAAGGAGGAGGAUAUCAUGGGGUGUUGCAGCGGCAGGUGCACCUUGGCCUUCAUCUGUGGCAUGCAGCUGGUCAGUGUGUUGGAACGUCAGGUGAUUGAUUUCCUGGGCUACCAGUGGGCUCCCAUCCUGACCAACUUCCUGCACAUCAUCGUCGUCAUCCUUGGCCUGUUUGGCACCAUUCAGUUUAGGCCCAAAUAUGUCACAGGAUAUGCAGCCUGGCUCGUCAUCUGGAUGACCUGGAAUGUUUUCAUCAUUUGUUUUUACCUGGAGGUUGGAGAUCUGUCCAGAGAGUCUGACCUUGUCCUGACAUUCAACCUGUCAAUGCAUCGCUCCUGGUGGAUGGAGAACGGACCUGGUUGCAGAGUGACACCCAUCACCCCCCCUCCAUCUUGGGCACCUGAGGACCACAGAUAUAUAUCUAUAUCUGGCUGUCUGAUGGACUUUGAGUUCAUAGAAGUGGCUCAUUCCUCACUGCAGAUACUCCUGGCUUUGGUGGGGUUUAUCUACGCCUGUUAUGUGGUGAAGCUCAUUUCUGAAGAAGAAGAUAGUUUUGAUUUUAUAGGAGGAUUUGACUCUUAUGGUUACCAGGGACCCCAGAAGACCUCCCACCUUCAGCUACAGCCUAUGUACAUGUCAAAGUAAAACCAGAAGCCACUUCAGAGGAUCAGCCUUACCAACGAUCACUGCGUUUACCACUCCAACACUCCUCUAAGAGAGACAGUCAUGUAGACAGAGGAUAGAUCACACCCUUCAUUUCUAGCUCCAAAUACUCUGAAAUCCUCAAUCAGAUGACAUCCUUUGGCUCUGUCCAUUGAUGGAGUCCCUUGGGAAAUGCUGACAUCAUGUGGCCAACCGUGAUAACUGCAGCAUCUCUCAGCCACACUGAUUUCAUGUUUUUGAAGCCCAGUCAGGAGCCAAUAUUAUAAUAGUUUUUUUAGUUUUUUGUGAGUGGAUGUUUUGUUGUUAGAAAACACCAAGAGGUCGGAUUAAGACUGGCUUUUUCUCAGGCUUUGUGAAAGAAUUUUAAAUCCUGCUGAAACUGAAUCCAAUACCUUCAAGAUACAGUAAUGAAAUCCUCUGGUUUAAGAUUUACAUGAUGACUGUCAAGCAGAUAUUUCUGACCAAAGACUUCGAAGUGAAACUACAAAAAAGAAAAAAAAAAAAAAAAAGAAACUCCUGAAGUCUAAGGGAGCUUUUUUUUCUGCUCUUGGUGCCUGACGGUUUGCGUAACAGACUUCCAACCUGGACCCUGCAAUGGUGACUACCGAUCAAGGAAUGUCGGACAUUUCUUUUCUAAAAUCUAGUUUUCCUGCUGCAACCGGGAAUCUUGUCAUGACAUGGAAAAGUGAAUGCUCGAAGGAAGUCUGGGCUUGCUCCUUACCGGUAUUUUAUGAAUGUCAACUAACAGUGUGAUGCGAUGACUUACAGGCUCUCAGCUUACAGAUGCAUGGAGACAAGAUAACAUGCAUGCACACGUACACAGGUCCUUCUUACUAAUGUGAAUCUUAACGAUGUUUACAAAGGUAAUGCUGUCUACUUGACAGACAGGGGUGGACAAAGGGUCACUUUUUAACAGCAGUAUUUUCAGACAACAGAGGCUCAUCUUGCAGUCCUGCUUAAAUAUUUUGUCUUCCACUCAAGACAGAAGUAUAUCAUACCUACAGUCCCUUGCAAAAGUAUUAAUAAUACACGUUAAUAUGAGUUUCAUUAUUGUUUUACGUGACAGAUGAGCACAAAAUAGUCCAAAGCCGAGAAAGGAAGGAAAAAGGCGUAUUUACGAAAUCUUAAAAGUGCAGUUUGUUUUUCUUGUCUGUACCUCCCCCAAAUUGGUUUCUUCCAUUCACAGUUCUCCUUUGUGUUGGUCUAUCACGGGAAAUUUAUAUUAAAUAUUCUGUUGGCUGUGUCAUGAAACAUGUUUGAAAGUUCACUUUUUGCAAGACAGUGUAUUUUUAAUUGCAAAUUACAUUCCGGAUUUAUUAAAACCCAGUCAACCGGCAAACAGGAAUUGCUCAAAGCAGCUUUCCUUUGUUUCAACUGAUGCUUACUGUACACAUCCCCAAUAGAAAAGACAAUCACACCCAGCUGUAGUCUCUACUUUUACUGAAUCUGUAGAAGCACUUGGCAAACAUACAUUUUUAUUUCAUAUGCCUCAUUUGAUAACUGGAGAAAACAUGACUUUUGAAAAGCAGCAGGGGCUGAAUCCUGGGCAGGCUAUAUUUACCCCCUUUCAAAUAGGCGGGAGGCGUAGCAACUCCUUCUGUCAACUCACAGCUCAAAAGUUUCAAGAUGAAAGUGCCAACUGAUUCCGAUCAUGAGCCACAGGCUGGGACCAAAUACAGGUCUGCGAUUCAUUUUCAUAGUUUCCAUGUUAGAAAAAAGUGAAGUUGCAAAAAAAGAAAAUACAGACAUACCAGAUUUUUGUUUUGCCUUCUAAUCCUGUUG